CAUUCCUGUGUUGAUCUGGUCAUAUCUGCAUUCCCGAAAGACCAAUUUGGGUUGAUUUUGGUGGCUAUGGACCCGGGAACCACUAUAACGAGAUGGCAGCAAGCUUUCGAAGAAUAUCGGAUUCCUACAACACGCGCGAUCGAAAAGCAGCUUCGCGCCAGCGCUUCAAGAGACAAGGAAAAGCUUCGAGGUCUGGUCGGAGGCAGCUAUCGGGAGCUUCUCGCAACUGCAGAAGCAAUCGUAGUUCUAGAAGAAAAGACAAAACUGGUCGAACAUCAUGUUUCAACUAUAAGUCACAACUGUAGGCCACCACAACAAGAUGUCUCCCGUCGUCCGCCACCGCCCCAGAAGGGCACAUUGGCACAGUUUCGAUUACUGCAAAGAUGCUAUACGACUUCAGCUACUUUCUUGCGAAGCCAAGAAACCCUGCAAUGCUCCAAGCUGAUACUCUUAUCGCGAUUACUGCUGAGAUCUUUGGGCAAUGAGACAUCGUUGUCACAGAGCCUCGAGCACCUGAAGAACAGAUUUGGCGCCCUUCGACGGCAAUUGCUCCGACAGAUCGACGCCAAGCUAAUCAGUCCUGACUCCAGCGUUCGGGUCCUGCUCGAAGCGAUUUGCUCCUACUGUUUGGUGACCGGUGUCUCUUCAGAAGAUGCGCUUGCCCACCUCCGCCAACUCAGACUCGAGAAGCUACGACGGCGACUGGACACAUUCCGGACACAAACCACUAUAGCCGAGGCUCUCCAUUAUCAACUCAGUUCACUCCAGACUUUCAAGACUUUGACAGGACGUCUUGUCACUGAAGCGGCGAACAGCCUCCAAGGGCAGGCCAUUUUGGCUGACGCUACUAUCAGAGAAGGCGAUUCAUUGGAUCUCGACAGGAUAUGGCCGUUGCUAAGCGAUGAGAUCCGAUCAUUCGUCCCAUACUUCAAACGGAGUGCCCCAACUGCAGAAGAGCUGCAAGCCAAAUUCGAAGCUUGGUCCCAGGACGUAUGUCAGAUACUUGUCAAAGCAGUUGAUGAGCAUCUUUCCGAGGUGAAUGAUGUUACAAAGGUCCUGGCUUUGCGAAAUGAACUCUACAACAUCCUGCUGCCGGUAUUCUUCUCCACUCCCGCGAGCAGAGAUAUCAAAGAAGACAUUCGGCGGUCGUUGAACAAAAAGUUGGACGACAUCUGCCAGGCUCAAGGUUCACAACUAAGCCGAAUCACUGAGACUCUGGUGGACACAACAAAUGCCGGUAAACGAGGCAAAUCCAUCUGGGACCCUGAAACAGUCCAGACACCUUUGCACAAUGGAGGCUCAAAGAUGAUCAAGUGCGUCAAAGUUCGGCAUUCAGGUCUCAGUGCAGGGCUGUCGAGGGCGACCAAGUCUCUCUAUGCCUGGAUCUCGGAUGUGCAUACAACAAAGGACCAGAUCGACGGCUUGUUCAAGAUCCGUUGGAGAGACAUGGUUGAAGAACCAGACGAAGACCAGGAGGAAGAUGCACAACUCCUUGUCCAGAUGCUCUGCAAAGAAGACCCGACACACUACAACAAGACUCUGCAAGGCUCAUUACGGAAUGCAAUAUCGAAACACGAGGCGAAACUGGCAACAGCUGCUUCUGAAGCGGUUCGGCAGCCUUCGGAUAUCUCCCACGCCGUAUACUUGGUGCGUGUGAUCAGAGUCUCAACAGAAAUCCUGCAAACGGCCUUUACGGACGAGGUGGAAACGACGAAACUCGCCGAAAGCGUCCCUCAACUGCACCAGGUCAUAGCGGCUGAAGUAGUCCGUCGGCUGUCUGAAGCCAGCGGAAGUGGCAGGAAAAUACGAAAAUGGAACAAGGAGCAAUUACCAGAGAACAUGCCUUCCCCCGAGGCGUUCAUGACUCUGCGGCGAUUGUGUCAGAUAAUGAGUGAUAUUGGUGGAACGGAUUUAUGGUGCACUUUUGCCGUUGCUCUGGUCAAAAAAGCCGUCGCAGCCGAUGUCUUUGACGCGGAGAAAAAGGUCAAAUACAUCGAAACGGACUUUGAUGAGGCGUAUCUCAGACUUGCGUUGGAUCACGGCUCGGAAUCGUCGAACGCGAGCCCAUCUGAGUCGAAGCAAACAUCCCGAUCCGAGUCAGAGUACUGGACGAGGACAAAGCUACUAUUUGGAGUGCUUGCUUGAAGAGGCCCUCAGAAAUGAAAAGCGAUCUAGUCUCGAGACAUUUCUACAACUUCAGCUUGACCGGCUUCUUCUGUCCUUCCAACGCUUGUACGAACGCUUUACCUGCUCUCUCCUCUGCCUGCAGAAUAUGUUCGGCCACAUUUCCCUCGGGCGUCGCUGCUAGCCACUGUUCGAGACUAAAGUCCUCGAACUUUGGUGCCCUGAACAUUUCCAACGUCUCAACUUCGUCCGUGUCACUCAAAUUCUCCACGAAAUGUCCAUCGACUUUGGCACAAUACCAACAUCGCCGGCCAUAUAAUUGAAUGUGCGUGCGGAAUUGGACGACGCAAAUACGGUGACCCUUGCACGUCCGCUGAUGAAGUACGACCACUCGUCAGCAUUAGGAUGCCAGGUGCAUCUCUCGAAGACCGCCGCGAGGAAUUGUGACAUGUGCCGCCGCGACUGUCGAGCUGAUGGGGAAAUUCGACUUGUCCGUGAUUCGCACCGUCCCGCCACCCUGCAGCUUCUCUGGUUUCUGCGCGAGCAUUUUAUGCGUGAACUCGAGCUUAGAUUUCUUCACACCUUGCUUCUUCGAUCCUCCUCGUCCAUGCUACCAGGUAACGAGCCUUGGAAGACGUACCGCUCCUUUGCUAGGAUGUGGUCGAAGAUCUGAGGCGCAACACGAAAAUUCUUGGAGAGCACAGACUUAGGGGUGUGUGCAAGCCAAUCUGAUAGGAGGAACGUUGAGUCUUCGCUGAAAUUGCCGUCGUCGAAGAUCAAAAGGAAUUCAGUACCGCCUUUACUAAGACCCUAUAACGAAUGAGGAUGCCCGGCUGGAAAGUACCAGAGGUCGCCUUUUUCAACUUCGCCGAUAUAGUUGCCGUCUUCCUUGUCGAGCGCGGUGACACGGACUUUGCCUUCGAGGACAUAAGCCCAUUCGCCUACUUUGUGCCAGUGGAGCUCAAGGAUGGCGCCUUCGUCAAGACGCAUGUUUACGCCGGGGAGCUCGAUGCUUGUUGGGAGCUCGCGGACAGUGGUUUGACGGGCCCAGCCGCCUUCCUAACAUGGUGU